UUCACUCCAACGUUAGUCAGCGAAUAAAGGAGUUCCACGAGAUUAUUACUAAACACGUUCAUUGGGACAGAAACAGUUACAUCACCGAAUAACAUUGCAAAUGGUAUCUUGUAUAAGGUGGUGAUACAUCCACCAACAGCGACGAAUGCCGACACAUAAUCAUGUAUUCGCCUUGAGUUUCCUUUCUUGGAAUGGCCGACGCCAUUUUAUUUCCAAGGCCGACAUGACUGUGGAACAGUCUUCUCUUUCUCAUCGUGUUACUCAGCGGGGCGACGAUGCCAAGACAUAUGACACUAUUAAGGAAGUGACGGGAAUCGACAACCCUCAGGUGAUACAGGAAGCGAUCACUGCAUGCAAGAACAACGAAGGAUCCUACAAAGUUGAAGAUGUUGUUGCUAUGCUUCUUGGAGAUGAUUCUGAACGCCUGGCAAAGAAGCAGGUUGUGAAGCCAUACAGGGAUGUUACAGAUGCUCUGCCGCACGUGACCCAGAGUCAGACUACUCGGGUGAGCAGUGGUGAGGCCAUCCCUAGCACCACACAGAAGACAGAGGGAGCUGAAGCUGGAGCUGGAGCUGCCUCUAGCAAGGGAGUUAUUGACCUGACCAAUGAGCCCACCACUGACCGUGAUGAGUUGCAGAAAGCUAUAGCGGCCAGUCUGCAGGACAGCCAGGGCAUUCUGGGAGGUCAGGUGACCAGGGAGGAGCAAGAUAUUAGCAGGGUUCUAGAAGCCAGUCUGGCCGAGAGCAAGGCAGGGACAAAGAGGAAACGAGGGGAGGUAUGGUUUGUCGACCCACUCAACCCCCAUGAACGCAAGCGUACCGAGGGAUGGCCAGUAGGACUGAAGAAUGUCGGCAAUACAUGCUGGUUCAGCGCAGUUAUACAGUCACUCUUUCAUCUAAGAAAAUUUCGACACAUUGUGCUGAAUUUCAAACUUCCAAAUGAAGGGCCUUCUACAUCAACAAAUGAGAGGAGAAAUCAUCGGUUCAUGAAUGAGCUGCGUCACCUGUUUGCCUUGCUGGUCGGCUCAAACAAAAAGUAUGUGGAUCCGUCCAAAGCUGUGGAUAUUCUGAAGGAGGCUUUUUCCUCCCCAACAGGAGCUAGUGAUAGUCAGCAGGACGUCAGUGAGUUUCAACAUAAACUCCUAGAAUGGCUUGAGGAAGCCUUCAAGAAGGAUAACACUGACCCUUCAUCCUCACGGGAAGCGAAGGCAGGAUGUUCUCAGCAGGAGGAUAAGAAGGAUGACAAUCCUGUUGUGGAUCUAUUUUACGGGCAGUUCCAGGCAGAGGGAUAUCACGAAGGAAAGGGAUUCACCAACGAGGAGACGUUUGGGCAGUUUCCUUUGCAGGUGAACGGGUUUCGAGAUAUCCACGAGAGUCUAGAGGGUGCCACUGCCCAGGGUGAGAUUGAGGCUGUCAGUAGUGACGUCACACAGAAAUCAGGCCAGGAGCUAUGGUUUUCCCGCCUGCCUCCAGUAUUGACCUUUGAGCUUUCACGUUUCCAGUUCAACCAGCAGAUGGGUCGACCUGAAAAAAUACAUAAUAAGAUAGAGUUUCCUAAAGUUAUCUACAUGGACCGGUACAUGGAGAGAAACAAGGCACUGACACGGCAGAGGAGAGAGGAGGCGAGGAAGCUGAAGGAGGAACUUACUGUGCUGCAUGCGAAACUGGAUAAGUUCAUCUGUUACGGGUCUGGAAGCAAGCGUUUCCCUCUACAAGACGUGUUGUCAUCCGUGCUGCAGUUCGCAGAGAGUAAACCCAGUUCUUCCAGUCCACAGUCGCACGAUGUUGAGAUGGAAUCUCCAAAACCGAACUCGAUCACAAAUUGCAGAACAGAAUCUCCCAACUCUCUCCCAGUCCCGUCAGUGGAUGUGACCAUGUCAUCCCCACUGCCUCGCUCCCCCGGCAGGCCCCCUAAGCCCCCGCCGGACGUACCCAGCCCCUCCCCCCGCCAUGUGUCAGAGAGUGAACUCCAGGUGCUACAAGACUGUCUCAGACGUUGGCGAACUGAGGUGGAGACUGACGUCAGGGAGUUACAGGAGAACAUUUCUCGACUUGAAGAUCAGGUCAACAGUAUGUACAGUGAUGAUGCUAUGCAAAAAUUUGAAAUCUCAGACAUAACCAGGAUGCUGGUAUAA